GGCCCGUGGCGGACGAAGGCGCGGCACUUUCUUUCCUGUUUGGCCGGGCUUUCGAGGCCGCCGGGGAAGCCCGGCCACGGCGGCCCAGAUUGCGAUAAGGCAAAAAAAGACAAGAGCGAGAGAACCUGUCCCGGUAUGUUUAUCCCAAGCGGCGCUGUCGCAACUCCGCCACUGCGCGCACUGACGUGUGGCGGCCUGCUUCGAUUGCUGCUUCUCGGAGGCCACGCCGCCACUCGCAGCUGGGCGAACCAUCGGGCGCACUGCACGUCUCGCGACUCCGAUCAGGCAAGACAACACUGCACAACGAACAUGUCGACCGGAAGGGCGUACGACUACAGCAUCCACUCGGCCCACAUCGCCGAGGUGCACGACGUUCCCAUGAACGUCCUCAUCAGGCCCCUCACCCCUGUCCUGGACGAGGCCAAAGUGGCAAGCCUGAUGGAAACGCUCAAGGAUCCGGCUCAGCGGGACUCGGUGCCUCCCCUCGACGUGCUCUGGGUGACGGGCCGCGAGGGCGGUAACUAUUACUACUCGUUCGGCGGCUGUCACCGCUACGAGGCACACCGGCGGCUCGGCCUGCCCACGGCCAAGGCCAAACUGUUCCGCUCCACGGUCAGGGACCUGCAGUCCUAUCUGGGCGCCUCAACGCCCGACCUCAAGUGAUGGACCCGUGCACCAUACUCCCUGGCCUUCGGCGACUUCGCGAUAUUCAAAACCGUCCAAAAGCGCGUGCUGGCAUCUCGUCUCGCGGAUUUUUUCUCUCGUAUGCACAUAUAUCCUUCGGAUAGACAGGUUUGCCAUGGCCAAUUUCGCACGCCAGCACGUUGCUCCAAAUGUUUUUUUUUUUCUUUUUCGUUGUGAAAAGAGCUUAUAUAAUGCUUUGUCGUUGAUAUUUUUAUGUCCGUUUUUUUUUUCUGCACGUGGAAGCUACGUGCAUGCAAUAGAAGUGUUUCGUGUUUUUGAUGCGAGCCCUAUAUCUCUCCUUUCGUGUUCAUAUCGUACCGAGCUUAGUGUGUUUGGCGAAAGUUGCGACGUUGUGUUCUAACGAAACGUUUAUUGAUUGUUGUCGACAUUCACAUUUUAUUGCGCGUGCCAAUCCUGUCGCAUUAUAAUUGUUCUCUUUCAUUUUAUUGUUUAUGUUUUUUUGCUGUGUUCGUAUACGCCAAUAAUAAACUUCAUCGAACUUUUGUUU